UCAAUCAAUCAGUUUCGGUACCUUCUUCCUCUCGAUGUGGCGCCCCUUGUCACUCCCGAUGACCAGCGAGGACCAGCGAGGACGAUUUGCUUGCCCUAAUCAGUAAUCUCUGGCACUUGCUCGAGCAUAAGGGGAGCCAUGGAGGUGGAGCUAGAGCCGCGAGUGAAGCCGCUGGGUUUCAAGAUCAAAGCCAUGUCUCGUGAGUCCCCCGCCCAGAAGGCGGCGCACGUCCUCGACCCCGACCUCCGCUCCCACUGGUCUACUGGCACCAACACCAAGGAGUGGAUCUUGCUUGAGCUAGACGAGCCUUGCCUACUUUCCCAAAUCAGGAUCUAUAAUAAAUCUGUUCUUGAGUGGGAAAUUACUGCUGGAUUGCGUUAUAAGCCAGAAUCAUUUAUAAAGGUCCGGCCACGCUGUGAAUCCCCUAGACGUGAAGUGAUGUAUCCGAUGAACUAUACGCCUUGCCGAUAUGUGCGUAUAUCUUGUUUACGAGGGAAUCCAAUUGCUAUAUUUUUUAUACAGCUGAUUGGAGUUUCUGUGGCUGGAUUGGAGCCUGAGUUUCAACCUGUGGUUAAUUACUUGUUACCUCAUAUUAUAUCACACAAACAUGAAACUCAUGAUAUGCAUCUUCAGUUGCUUCAAGACAUAACAAACAGGCUGCUUGUUUUUCUGCCUCAAUUGGAGACAGACCUCACCAAUUUCACAGACACAGCUGAGUCUAGUAUACGCUAUCUUGCAAUGCUUGUGGGACCGUUUUAUCCAAUUCUACGAAUUGUGAAUGAAAGGGAAGCUGCAAAAACACUGGUAAAUUCGUCAGAUUCAGAUAUUUUUAGAAACAAUCAAAUAUCUACUCUAAUGGUGUCAUCAAAUUUUGAGGCACAACCAAGGAGAUCACGAAGUCCAUCACAUUUUACUCAAACUGCUUCUAGCUCUAUUGCCUUUCGCCCUGAUGCAGUUAUUAUGCUGUUAAGAAAAGCUUAUAAAGACUUCCAUCUUGGAAUUGUCUGUCGAUUAGCAUCAAGGGCUCUUCAAAAACUUGUAGAGCCUGGUACAUCCCUUGAAGAAUAUCCAGCUACUGAUUUGGCUACAUCUGGAGUUUCAGAUGAACUCGCCAAGGUUGAUUCUCUUGGUCAUCUGCCUCUUAUGGAUUAUUCAAGCUUGUUUGGAGAAGAAUUUAAAAUUCUUGAUGAUCGAUAUGAUACUUCUUAUUUGAAUGUGUUGGAUAUUGCUUCUGUUGAGGAAGGCAUUCUCCAUGUUCUUUAUGCUUGUGCAUCUCAGCCUGAUCUCUGCUGCAAGUUGGCUGAUACUAAUUUUGAUUUGUGGUCUACAUUGCCACUUGUGCAAGCACUGCUUCCAGCACUUCGUCCUCCUAUUAGCAGUCCACCAGAUCAAGUUGAUGACAGUUUAUGGCAAUGGAAACACCCCUUUGUUCAACAGGCUCUCACUCAGAUAGUUGCAAUGGCAUCUUCAUCAGCAUAUCGCCCUCUUCUUCAUGCUUGUGCAGGCUAUUUGUCAUCCUUUAUGUCCUCACAUGCAAAGACAGCCUGUGUACUGAUUGAUUUAUGUUGUGGGCCGCUUUCACCGUGGAUAUCUACAGUGACGGCAAAGGUGGAUCUUGCAGUUGAGCUCCUGGAAGAUCUCUUGGGCAUAAUCCAGGGUGCUCGUCAAUCUACUUCUCGUGCCCGUGCUGCUUUGAAAUAUACCAUAUUGGCACUGUCUGGGCAUAUGGAUGAUGUACUUGCUAAAUAUAAGGAGUUUAAGCAUAAGCUGCUAUUUCUUCUGGAAAUGCUUGAACCUUUUCUUGAUCCUGCCAUAACUGCCAUGAAUAAUACUAUUGCUUUUGGAGAUGUCUCUGGCGUAUUCCUUGAAAAGCAGGAGAGAACAUGUGUGAUUGCUUUGAAUAUUAUUCGGACCGCGCUGUUGAGGCCUGCUGUGCUCCCAUCUCUUGAAUCUGAAUGGAGACGUGGAUCUGUUGCUCCGAGUAUACUUCUUACAGUUUUGGGGCCACACAUACAACUUCCUCCUGAAAUAGACCUUUGCAAGUGUUCUGCUUCAAAAAUUGUAGAUCAAGAAACUUCUCUUUUGCCAUCCAACUCUUCACAACAUUCUUACGGAGACCCUUCAAAGUCUUGUAGCCUUGAUGAGUUUGAUAGGAAGAAUGAAGUAUCCGAAGCAACCACAAAGAUAGAUGUGUAUGAAGAUGCUAACUAUCUGUUCGCUCCCCGUGAACUCAAAAGCAUGGCACUGACAAGUGUUGGCAACUAUUUCAUAGGAAACUGUCCUGAUAAAACUAGUGCAGAGUUAAUUCAUGACACUGCAGAAAAGGUCUCAGGUGAUCAACUUCAAAAUGCACUGACAUUGGAUAAUGGUUUCUAUGUGAAGUACUUCAAUUUGCAGGCUGAUUAUUUGCAAGUUGUGAACUAUCAAGAUUGUGAAGCUAGGGCUUCUGAAUAUCAACAUUUGGCCAUGGAUCUGUCUGCACAGUAUGACAUUAAUCCGGAAUCUCAUGAUGCAGUGAUUGAUGCACUGCUUUUAGCUGCAGAAUGUUAUGUCAAUCCGUUUUUUAUGAUGUCCUUCAGACCUGCUUCAAAGUCUAUCAAUCAGAUGAAAAAUAUAAAGUACAAGAUGAAUCAGAAUGAUGAUGUGGUUGAGCUAAAGAAGGUCUUUGAGAGAUAUAAUAACGGUUUGGAGCAAGUAGCUCAUCUUGAAAGCAAAAGAGACAAAACUGUGCUCCAUAUACUCCUCCAAGCUGCUAGACUUGAUGAAGAGUAUGAGAGAAAUAUGUCUAAAGGGGAGUUGCAUACAUAUGAUUACAAAGGUAAUGAGCAGUGCAUUGAUAUAUCCCCAUUUGAUAUACAAUCUUUAGAUGCGGUGACCUUAGUUCGGCAGAAUCAGUACUUACUAUGUCAGUUUGUGAUGAAACAAUUACGAAGGGAGCGGUGCUCUCAUGAAGUUCUGCUGCAAAGUCUACUAUUCCUUUUGCAUUCUGCAACUGAGCUAUCCUGUCCUCCUGAGGAUGUAGUUGAUAUCAUUUUAUGUUCCGCUGAGAAUCUUAACAUGCUAAUUACUUCUCUCUAUGAUCAACUCAAAGAAGGAAAAACUCACUUGGACACAGAAAAGUUGCGUGGCACACAACGCCAUUGGGUACUCCUUCAAAGGUUGGUAACAGCAUCCUCCGGUAGCGUUGAAGGGACAGAUUUUAUAAGUCAUACAAGAAAUGGAUUCCAAUAUAGGAGUUUGGUCCCUCCUUCUUCAUGGAUUCAGAAGAUAUCCAAGUUCUCAGACUGCCCGUUUGCACUUGCUCGAUUUCUUGGAUGGAUGGCUGUUUCUCGCCAUGCUCAGCAGUAUUUAAAGGAUCGAUUGUUUCUUGUCUCUGAUCUUUCACAGCUUUCAUCACUAUUAUCUAUUUUUGCAGAUGACCUUGCAUUAGUUGGUAAUGUAAAAGAUCAGAAGCUAGAGAUUUUAAGUGCUGAGCAGUCCAACACGAAACAAUAUUUACAAGUUGGUAAAGAACUUGGCCCUUCUGACCAUUCAGAUAGCGAAGAUUCCUUUCACAUUCUUUACCCUGAUCUUCAUAAAUUUUUUCCCAAGAUGAAAAAUCAAUUUCACUUGUUUGGCGAAAGUAUCUUGGGGGCUGUCGGGAUGCAGUUGAAAUGUUUCCCAUCCAAUGCUUUACCAGAUGUGCUCUGUUGGUUUUCUGAUUUAUGCCUGUCACUCUACCCAGAACCCAAAAAGGACAGCCUUCCUAUUCUAAAUCAAGCUGAUUGUUUGAAAGGCCAUGUUUCUAUGAAUGUCAAAGCAAUUCUCUUGUACAUACUGGAAUCAAUUGUUGGUGAACACAUGGAAGCUAUGCUUCCUGAAAUGCCAAGAGUAGCACAGAUAUUGAUUUCAAUUUGUAGAUCUUCCUACUGUGAUGUGCCUUUCCUUGAUUCAGUUUUAUGUCUAUUGAGACCAUUAAUAUCAUAUUUCUUGAGGAAAGUGACUUUCGAUGAGAAGCUUUUAACUGAUGUGGUUUCAGGUUCUGAUUUUGAUCUAGAGAACUUCAAAGAACUUUUUGAAUUUCUAAGGCUCAAGGAAGAAAAUCAGGACAGUCUUCGGGGGAAGGAAAUUCAAGGAUCAUUAAUGAUCUUCACUUUAGGUUCUCUCUUUUGUGAUUUGUCCUUCAGAAGGAAGAGUGAAGUAUUGCAAUCCUUGUUGUCAUGGGUUGAUUUCAGCACUUCAGAACCUACUUCUUCUUUUUACAACUAUCUGCAUGCCUUUCAAAAGGUUACGGACAGCUGCAAUGUAUUACUAGCACAGAGCAUAGAGUCGUUUGGCAUUUCCAUCCUAGUUGAAAAACAAUUGUCAUCUGAGAUUGAUACAACUCUAAAUGUUGGUGGCAACUCAACCGGCCCAUCUGGCUUUCAAAGAAAUGCAGGCCAGAGCUCUUUAUCCAAGUCUGAUAGGAAGGGGUCUAAUGGUGGAAAAACUGGUUUCUUUGAUCAAGGGGUUCACUGUUUAUCUCCGGAUGAAAUGUACAAGUUGUUUGGACACUUGGAACUACUGAUUUCCAAACUUAUCCCAUCUGUUGAGAUAUGCUGGAGUCUGCAUUGUAAGCUGGCUAUGAAACUCACAUUUGCAUUGGCAAAAUGUUUUAUGUACUCGACAUGCUUGGCUUCUAUCAUUCAAGCAACAAAGAAGGAUAGUGAUGGUGAUGGUGGAGAAAUUUGCUUGUCUGAAUCAAGGGAUCUUUUAUCUAGACAUUGGGUGGUUGCUCUUGAAGGCCUCUCGAAAUUCAUUGUAGCAAUUCAGCAAAAUCGGAACUGGCAAGCGGCAUCUGCUAUGAUAGAAUAUCUUCUUAGGUUGCCUCAAGAUUUCUCUCUUGACUGUGUGAUUGGCAAUGUCUGCUCCGUAAUUAAGUCUUUCUGCUGUCAUGCACCAAGAUUUUCAUGGCGAUUGCAAAGUGAUAAAUGGCUGUUGUCACUGUUCACAAGGGGCAUUGGUAAUAUAGAUGGGAAUGAAGGCUCAGUAGUUAAUUUGUUUCAUGCCAUGUUGGGUCACUCAGAGCCUGAACAGAGAGCUGUGGCAUUGCAGCAUCUUGGAAGAAUUAUUGGCCUGAGUACAAAUGAUGAAAUGGCUAGAGUAUUUUAUAGAUUACGUCAAAGUUUGGUUGGAGCCGACUCAGAUAUCUCUAUUCCUGAGUCGUUUCUCUCUAUUCUGGUUUCAACUACUUGGGAUUUGGUUGCAACUUUAGCUUUAACUGAUUCUUCAUUGUUGUUACGAAGACAUGCCAUGGCUUUGCUAUCAGGCUAUAUUCCCUUUGCAAAGCGAGGCCAAUUGCAAUCCUUUCUUAUAGCAUCUAAUACCAUUAUUCGAGGUAUUGGGAGAUUUUCUCAUUCAAUGGAAGAGGUCCAUUUGACACGUCUUUCAUUAUGUCUUCUUGCUAGUGUAUGUCUUUACUCUCCCGCUGAGGACAUUGCUUUGAUACCUGAGAGUGUUUGGGAGAACCUGGAGAGCAUGGGGAUGUCAAGAAGUGGAGAGCUAGAUUUGAUGGAGAAAAAUCUAUGUUCAGCAUUGUGUAAAAUUAGGAAUGAGCCUGUUGAUGCUAAAGAGGUACUUAAGGGCGCGCUUUCAUCCAGUUCUACUGCAAAGCAGAUUGAUCCUAAUUUUGAGGGCACUCGCCAAACAAUCCUACAGGUCCUUUCUUCCCUGACUUCUGUCCAGUCAUACUUUGAUUUCUUCUCCAAGAAAAUUGAGCAAGACGUUCAGGAACUAGAAGAAGCUGAGAUCGAAAUGGAGCUUCUUCAGAAGGAAAAAGCAAUGGAAGAAGUAUCUGCCAGUUCAAAACUAGAAACAGCCGAAUCUCAUGAAAUAACCUAUGAUCUGGAGGACAAUAAUCGCCUCCAAAAAAUUAAGGAUGAAAUCCAAUCAUUAGAGAAAGCCAAGAUUAGAGAAGAAAUAGUAGGUCGCAGACAAAAGAAACUUCUAAUGAGGCGGGCCCGACAAAAAUUCUUGGAGGAAGCAGCUUUGAAAGAAAUGAAACUUUUGCAAGACCUUGACAGGGAGAGAGCAAGUGAACUAGAACAUGAGAUUGAGAGAGAGCGGAGUUUGGAGCUUGAACGUGCAAAAACCAGGGAACUGCAGUACAAUCUUGACAUGGAGAGAGAAAGGCAGACACAGAGAGAACUGCAACGGGAAAUUGAGCAGGUUGAGUCUGGAAUUCGUCCCUCUCGUAGAGAUUUCUCUUCUAAUACCACCAGGCCCCGGGAACGUUAUCGCGAAAGUGGGAGACCAGGACAAGAAGGAAGCCUUAGAGCAAGUAGUCGAGGCCAUGAGGGUGGUAGCAGUGCACAGGCAGCAACUUCAGGCCCAAAUAUGACUUCUCAAGCACCAACUGUAGUGCUUGCUGGGGCUCGAUCAUUCUCAGGCCAACUCCCAACCAUUCUACAACCAAGAGACCGUGCAGAAGAGCGCAGUGGUGGUUAUGAUGACAAUUUGGAGGGAAGCCGAGACUCAGGUGACACAGGCAGUGUUGGAGACCCAGAAUUGUCUUCAGCCUUUGACGGUUUUGGGUCAGCUUCCAGGCAUGGAUCUCGUGGUGGUAAAUCAAGGCAGGUCACAGACCGGAGGGAUCGAGAUGGAAGAGGGAAGUGGGAGAGGAAACACAAUUGAAAAAAUGGACAUCUCCAAACAAUUUUCAGGUUCUUGUGGUGGUAGCAUCAAGGGAAUCUGGGUAAGCUUUGUAGCAAGUGCUUUUGUUUUCAGAAUGCUGCCCUUCACAGGUGUUAAUGUAUAUAAUGGCAAAAGCUGCUCAAGAGGCUGUCCACACGCAAUGCGACCAUACUGUAAAUUUAAUUUAUAAUUAAAUCAAAUUCCUAUCUUUGAAAUGA